GUUUCUAUUCUUGUUUUCACAUUUCUCAGUCAUUGUUUAUUUAUUUAUCUCUAUUCUCAGACGCACACACACACACACACACACUCUCUCUCUCUCUCUCUCUCUCUUUGCACAAUAGCGCGAUGGGCGACGACGUGCUCCUUCUCCCGUCGUCGUCGUCCUCGCCAUCCCAUCCACCACCAGCACGCUCGCUGCAUCUUCUUGCUGUCGAGACGGGUGGUGCGGGCGUCCUUGUGAGUGGUGCUGGUGCAGGUGAGCCGUCGCCGCAUCCGCUCUCGUUCAGCGCGCACCACCCACCACGCAGCGGCUCAUCCGCCAGCAUCAGCAGCAGCAGCAGCAGCGGCAUCAGCGUCAGUGCAGCGUCGUCCAGUCCCAGCGCAGGUCACUCUGCAGCGGCUGGCGAGCGACGACCGUCUGCUGCUGCUGCUGCGUCGACACUCUCGCUCGAUCCGAGUCCACGCGUCGCACGGAGCAGAAGCGAUCUGAGCUACCAGCCGCCAGCACUCGCAUUGACGCCAGGAGGAGCCCCGGCUGCGCAGAGUGGUGGUCGAGGCAGGACGGGCACGAGCCCAGCAGCAGCUCCAGUCAAUGGGACUGCAUUCAACUGGACGACGACUGCCAGUGCUACAACCACUGUUACUACUACUACAGAUGAUGCUGCUGAUGCUGGUGCUCUGGUGAGGAGGGCGAGCCAGCACGCUCAUCCGCCGCGGCGGUCGGUCAGCGUCGCGACCCAAACGCCGUCCCCGCCGCCAAGUUCGCCGCCUCUCGCAGCCGCAGCUGCAGCCGCAGCCACCACCGGUGGAGCGAGCCGUGAUGUGGGAGCAUUGUCACAGCCAUUAUCGCAGACUCUUCUGGCGACAAGUCAUCACGCACCAAGCACGCCUGCGACCUCAUCGGCCAACAAUCCGCCUCUGCAACCGCUGGCUCCGAUCGAAAUCUGGGGGCGCACUCCAGAUGGCAGGUAUACCCGAGAUCAAGUCGCACAGCACAACUCGCGCGAGUCGUGUUGGCUUGUUGUCCGAGGUGUGGUCUACGACGUGACCGAUUUCUUGAAGUUCCACCCGGCUGGCGCGAACGCCAUUCUGCGCCACGCCGGCCAAGAUGCAACCGUCGAUUUCGACUUUCACGACGGCCAUUCCCAAAAGCUGUGGAAAAAGUACAUUAUUGGCAAACUGGUAGCAUCAGAGCAGCCGAGCUCGUGCCUCAUCUCGUGAGCCUUCUGCGUUUGUUUGGACGCUAUUGCCUCAAAGUCGUCUUCGUAUCGAACAAUCACCACCACCACCACCACCACCACCACCACCACCACGACGACGACGACGACGACAAGCGCUUCACUCAAACCCAUAACACGAGACAAUACGCGGAACAAACCGACUGCGGCGCCUUACCAGCAUCCACCAUCUGCUGCAAACGUCGAGUGUGUGCUCAGCGAUCGCUCUGGAAUCACUCAGCGAGGGGGGCAUUUCUACAACCAGUGAUGCUGUGUAUGCCUUCCUCGUAGAGCGAGACCUCGAUCCUUUGCAACGAACGAUUGUUUUUUUUUUUUUUUUUUUUGCUGCGAUGCGUGACUCGGCAAGUUCCCCGCUUCAAAAUCGCAAAACCCACCCACCAACAUUCCCGGCGUACCACAGCCUCCCCAACCCUCAC